GCUGCCUGCUUUUAUUUUGAAGGCACGAUAUCUUCAUAACAUCCGCUUUACCUAGAGGUUAUUUCCGUGUUUAUUAGGAUGCGUGCAGAAGUAGUAAUCAGUCAAUUUUAUAGAAAUAUAUAAAAUACGAAAAUGGCGUGGAAAAGCGAAGACUGUGUUCUUCCUCCAGCCUCUCUGCGUCUCCUUGUCCCUCCGGUGAGACUCAUGUCUGCCUUCGUGUGGCAGGUAGCGCAGCAGCUCAAAGUGAUGCAGUACGACAAGCUGGCGGACUUCAUCAGUUUGGCAACAGAGAUGGUCCCAGAGCUGCUCAGUCCUUCCCAGAAGGCUCAGCUCAUCCUGGGCCUGAGAGCAAGGCUGGUUCUUGAGCUGUGUCGAGGUGAUGGUGUAUCCAACCUGCAGAUGAUCCAGAGUCAACUAGAUAAAAUCCACAUCUGCAGUGCUGAGCUGAGCUCCAAUGAGGAGAUGGCCAGUUCUGAUAUAUUGAAGACAUCAUACAGCAACUUUGCUAGCCUGGUUCAGAACAUUUUGAAUGUUCCUUUUGAGAAGGAGUUCUUUUUUCAGGAGGUUUUUCCUGCCAACUAUGGCUCCGCCUACAACCAAAGGAUCCAGCAGCUUGUGUCUGUCUUCCUGUCCAGACUUGAAGAGCUGCUGCCAGUACCAGACCUGCAGCAGACAGCAGCUUGGUUCAAUGAAACACCUGUAUCAGAAGAAAUUGGACUCCAUCUGUCUGAACCCUUCAGUUUGAAGACCCUGCUGCAUCAUCACAGACAGACGGGGACUCUAAGUUCAGCAUGGUCAAGCAGUGAGGACGAUGUCAUUUUAUCCACACUAGCCCUCCCUUCUCAAACUGUCGCAGAGAGGUUCACUGAGGCUUAUAGUCAGGAAGAUCAUGACAGUGAAGAACAAACACCAUCACUGGAGGGAUUAGAAGAAGAAUCAAGUCAAAGCUUUGAUGUCACGGCAGAUGAUUGGCUGCCAAAAAAGAAACCAGGUCCUUUCUCUUGUUUAUUCAUCUGCCCUCAGUGCUCAUUCACACACCGCAUAAAAAGAAAAGUCCAGGAGCACAUCCAGAGUGAGCACCAGAUAACCGCUUCUAUUCCCACAAACUUUUCUGGGAAAAAAGUCAGGAGGAAGAUGCGUCAGAAAAGUCAGAAUGCUGUGAAAAAUCAAGGAGAAGGUGACUCGGAGAAACAGAGGAAAACCAAACCAAAAAGUGUGGCUAAAAACUGGGAACGCAAGCAGAAAAAGGACAAUGUAGAAAAUAAGGAAAGGCGUAGAUGGAAAGAGCCCGCGCAGGAAGACGGAAGGUUUCUGAGCACGCGACCUGUGAACAAAAACUUCACUGAGAAAGAAACCAAAUGUCCGAUGUGUGAAAAGUUCUUUGAACAUCCAAAUCAAUUGAAGACUCACAUGAAGCUCCACAGCUUCCCCUACCGCUGCAGCCAGUGCGAGAAGGGAUUCACCAGCCCAUCAGGCUUUUAUCAGCACCAGAGGCUUCAUAAGAGAGGACGAAUAUUCAUCUGUAACCAGUGCAACAAGGGAUUCCUGUGCAGGUACUCACUCAAGCAGCAUGAACGCCUGCACGACGGUCCCACCAACUUGUGCAACAUCUGCGGGAAAUGGUUCAGCAAAGCUGGCAUCACAAGACACAUGCAGAUGCACAGAGGGGAGAAAAACUACCUCUGUAGGAAAUCCUUUUGA